AUGGUCAACAUCCUCCAGCCGAAAAUCGAUCCCUUGCCUACGGGGAUUGACUUGACGGGUAAAACUGUGGUCGUUACCGGUGCUAGCGCGGGAAUGGGUCUGGAAACCAUCAAGCAGCUACUGCGACUACGCGCCUCUACUGUGAUUCUCGCCGUCCGCAAUGUCGCCAAGGGUGAGUCCUGCGCAGCUUCCCUCCGCCAAGACCGUCGCAUUCAAACCCACAAUCCCAACCCGACAAUCAAGGUCAUGGCACUUGACGUCGAUGAUUAUGAGAGCGUCCAACGUUUCACGAAGCAGCUCCGCGAAGAGAUUCCGGUGGUCCAUCUCCUCAUUCUCAAUGCGGGUAUCGGUCUGCUGAAGCUAGAACGCAGCCCGAGUGGCCAUGACCGAACCACUCAAGUCAAUUACUACUCCAACGUUUUGUUGAUCGCCGAACUCCUGCCGUAUCUCGAGGCCGGUGCGGUGAAGACCGGCUCUCCUGCACGCAUUAGCUGGGUUGGCAGUCGCGCGCACGAGUCCCCAAGCCUCGAGAAGAAGUCCCCUAUCAAGUCCGGUGAAGGUGUGCUUGCACACAUGGACAAUGACGAGGCGUUUGUCCCGUUCCAACGCUAUGGGGACUCGAAGUUACUUUGCGUGUUGUUCAUGUACAGUCUGGCGCCACGGCUGGAUCCCAAGAAAGUCAUCAUCAACAUGAUGUGUCCAGGCAUGGUGAAUACCAGCAUGAGUGAUAUUCUCCCCCUGCACUUGCGCUUGAUUAUAAAUAUUGUCAAGUCAUUCCGUGCCCGGCCUGUCGAGGUGGGUGUUUGGAUCAUCCUGCAUAGUGCGUUGGUGGUAGGCCCUGAGUCUCAUGGCAAGUUCUUAGGCGACAAGACCAUUGCUGAUGAAACGGCGUUCAUCCGGUCACCGGUGGGCCAGGAGAUCCAGAAGAAACUAUGGGAGGAGACAGUUGCGGAGAUAGGCGCGUUGGUAGCCCUUCCUUCGGAGUUCAAAUAG